AUGGCCCAGGAGAACCAGCCGACUGCUGACCAAGAGGAUUCAGUCAUCUUCUGAUCAAGUAUCACUGGUCUCCGUAUAGCUAUCAUCAACGUCGGCGCACCUGCAUGUGGCGUGAAUGCAGCAAUGAGAUCUUUUGCUCGCCUGGGCAUCACCAAGGGUUUUACAGUACUUGGAGUGCAGGAAGGCUUUCAUGGUCUACUGCGCGAUAUGGUAUCGCCUAUUCAUUGGGUUGAUGUUCGCGGAUGG